AUGAAACAUUUAAUCCUCUUCCUUAUUUUGUUCUCUUUCUCUAGAUCUACUACUUCUUCAUCAAUAUCUUUAGCUCCAUCUUCGCUCCAUGCUCAAUUUUUUAGCUUUCCUAAACCCGAAGAGGACCAACCAUUUUCUAUGUUGCCUGUCGACGUGGAUCCUAGGCUUCAACAACUCUGUGAAGGAACUGAGUACCCGAUCAAAUGCUUAACGACAACUAUUUCAUUCCUAGAUGAUAAGGCUGUUGUAGAUCCUGUAUCUAUUGUUAAAGAGGAGGUUGAUGUAUUCUACGGUAAGGUUAAGGAAGCCUUGCACAAGGCUUCAAAACGAUUAUCAAAUCGUUCUACCUCAAGAUUUGUUACUAAUCGCCUUAAAAGUUGCAUUGAUGACUACAAAACUAUUCUCAAAAACAAACAGAAAAUCAUUGAUGCCAUCGCUAUGGGUGAUACCAACAAGUUGAUCAAGGACCUAAUCUCUAAUGUGGACAAUAUAUAUGCAUGCGAGGAUGAGUUUAAAGAAGCCAAUAUAAAAUCCCCAAUAAAAGAAAUGGAUUCUUUGCUUGGCAGGAUGAUUAUAAACAGUUUAAGCAUUGGUGUUGACACAAGUGUUUGA